ACAUAAUCAGCAAAAAAUUUAGACAAAUCAGAAACGAAAUCAGAUGAUUUUGUGUUGAUUUUCAUGGCUUGUUGCCGGUGAAAAUUUUUUGAUUGCAAAUUAGGUGCAUUUAAACAUGGCAGGCAACGACUCUCCAAAGGCGAGCGGCAGCGUGGACGCCGGAGAGGCUGACACGAGCGGCGCCGUGACCAUCGAGGAAAUUAUCGAGCCGGAGGACGGGGCGAACAGCCAGGACAACACGUGCGAGGCCGCCAGUUCGCAAGGUCCAAACACUGCUUCCAAGCCCAAUCGCUACUUCUUGGACUCGCGCCUGCUGCCCAGAGUUUACGAGUUCAUCAAGCAGUUGCGACAGAAACCUGGCGACCACCACAUCCAAGUCAAUGACGUGAUCAAUUACCUCAUUCGGAACUACAAAGAGUACGAAAGAAAGAAAAAGGAGCCGUUCAGAGCUUGUGUCACUUCUGCACUGAAAGUCAUCUUAGAGGAAGAGGCGAAUCAGGAAAGUGACUCAGACAUUGAAGAGGACGAUGGAAGUCCUGAAGCCAUAAUUGCCCUUGCUAACAAGACAAGUUCAAACAGCCUACUUAAUCAGAUGUACAUGAAAAGAAAUCAAGCAAGAAAUGCUACCAUGGAGCAAGAGUUGAUCGACAUAACCAGUUCUGAUGAUGACUCGCCUCCCAAAACUGCACCUGCUUCUACUACCAUUUCCAUUAAGCCUAGGGUUAGCAUAAUUAAGGAAAAUAGUGCUGCACCUGCUUCUAAGCCCAGUGCUCCGGUCCAGCAGAAGGCAUCAGCUCCCACCAGUAGCUUGAAGAAACGCAAAACGCCCCAAGAAGAAAAUGCCAACAGAGUUGCAACACCAGCAAAAAGGAGGAAAUUUGCUAAUGAGGCAAAAGCGUCCUCUGUUACUUUCAAUGACAUUGGAGGCAUUGAACACUGCUUGAAGGAUGUGUGCCAACUUUUGGUUCACAUCAAACAUCCUGAGGUUUACGAUCGACUUGGAGUUUCACCUCCGAGGGGAUUCCUACUCCACGGACCUCCUGGAUGUGGCAAAUCCUUACUUGCAAAUGCAAUUGCUGGGGAACUAAACAUCCCUCUUAUGAAAGUGGCUGCGACAGAAUUGGUGGCCGGCUUGUCAGGAGAGUCUGAAGAGAGGAUUCGCGAAGUUUUUGAAAAUGCCAAGGCGUCUGCCCCCUGUGUGUUGUUCCUGGAUGAAAUCGACGCAAUUGCUCCACACAGAGCAAAUGCCCAGAGGGAAAUGGAGAGGAGAAUUGUGGCUCAGUUGCUUGUUUCGUUGGAUGAUUUGUCAGAGAGCGAAGGACAGGUCAUUGUAGUUGGAGCCACAAAUAGGCCAGAUUCUCUUGAUCCUGCCCUAAGAAGGGCUGGUCGGUUUGAUAGGGAGGUCUGCCUCGGAAUACCAAAUGAAAAGGCACGAGUUAGCAUUUUGGAUGUAAUUUGCGCCAAGUUGAGGUUGUCCACUGACCUGGACCUGGCAGAGCUUGGAAAGCUGACGCCAGGUUUUGUAGGUGCCGAUUUGACUUCACUUGCGAGGGAGGCGGCAAUGGCUGCUGUAAAUAGAGUCCUGAGUACCUUGAAAGUUCAAGCCGAGUCGAUUGCUUCAACAUCGAAAGCUGUAGAAACCCCAGUUGAAAACGGCAUUGAUCACACCUCUGUUCCUGUUGAGAAGAACCUGCAUCAGCUCUCGUUGGAAGACCUGAUGGAAUGGCUGAAAGACAAACCGCCCAUUUCUCAAGAAGAGCUGGAGAAACUACACAUUGAGCGUCAGGACUUCAUGGUGGCUCUGAAAAAGGUCCAGCCAUCGGCUAAGCGCGAAGGCUUUGCAACUGUCCCAGAUGUCACUUGGAAUGACAUUGGAUCCCUCAAGGACAUCAGAGAAGAACUCAAGAUGACUGUUUUGGCGCCAGUGCAAUUUUCUGAAGAGUUCUCAAACCUUGGUCUUUCAACUCCGGCUGGCGUUUUGUUGUGUGGCCCUCCUGGUUGUGGAAAAACAUUGUUGGCCAAAGCAGUGGCCAAUGAAGCUGGCAUCAACUUUAUCUCAGUGAAAGGCCCUGAACUUCUUAACAUGUACGUCGGUGAGAGUGAGCGAGCAGUUAGGCAGUGUUUCCAGAGGGCGAAAAACUCUGCUCCCUGUGUCAUUUUCUUUGAUGAACUGGAUUCCCUCUGUCCCAAGAGGUCUGAAUCAGGAGAGGGAAGUGCCACAAUGCGGGUGGUGAACCAAAUGCUGACGGAGAUGGACGGAAUUGAAGGACGACUGGGCGUUUUUCUAAUGGCAGCUACAAACAGACCAGACAUUGUUGAUCCUGCUGUUCUCAGACCUGGAAGACUGGAUAAAAUCUUGUACGUUGGCCUGCCAGGACCGGAGGACAGGACAGACAUUCUCAGGGCACUUACAAAGAAUGGAACAUCUCCAAGAUUUGCAAACGAUGUGAGUUUGGAGGAGCUCGGAGAUGACAACCACACCAUUGGCUACACAGGCGCCGACCUGGCUGCCCUGGUGCGAGAGGCCAGUUUGCAGCUCCUGAAGGAGGUCAUGGCCAAUAAAAGCAGCACCAAAUCUCUGCUUGUUGAGCUUCGCCAUUUCAAUGCUGCAAUUAGCAGAAUCCGCCCCUCCGUGUCUGAUUUGGAUAAGCUAAAGUACGAGAGAUUGAAGGAGCAGUACGGCCCAAAAAACUAAACUGAAGAAAGCGUUGUCAAAGAAUUUGGCCAGAUUUUUAGCACAUGUUUCUAUAAAUAAAUAAACAUCAAUCUCAA